CGCCUGUGUAUGUGUGCCUCCAACGCACACUCUAACAGAAUCACAUCAUAGCAGCACAGAUACAGCGGCAAACCAACCUUUGCCGUCGCUUUCAUUCGGUCGUUGGUAGUGUUCGUCGUCGUUUCAAGUUAAUCGAGAAUAAAGCCAAUAAAAACAACUUUGUGGCGUAUUCCUGUUGCUUUAACUGAUUUUUCCUCUGGGAUCUAUAUAUAUACACAAUCUUAUAUAUAUACACCGUGUGAACGACAGACACACCCCACAUACAUCCUUAGUUUUGUGAAGUAAUUGAAAAAAAACAACAAACAAAAUGUCGACAGUCGAUAAGGAAGAACUGGUCCAGAAGGCUAAACUGGCCGAGCAAUCAGAACGCUACGAUGACAUGGCCCAGGCCAUGAAGUCCGUCACAGAAACGGGCGUCGAACUCUCAAAUGAGGAAAGAAAUCUGCUCUCCGUUGCCUACAAAAAUGUGGUCGGUGCUCGCAGGUCAUCGUGGCGCGUCAUCUCCUCCAUUGAGCAGAAAACUGAAGCAUCUGCUAGAAAACAACAGCUUGCCCGUGAGUACAGAGAGCGGGUGGAGAAGGAGCUGCGGGAAAUCUGCUAUGAAGUUUUGGGACUUCUGGACAAAUAUCUUAUUCCAAAAGCCAGCAAUCCCGAGAGCAAGGUGUUCUAUCUGAAGAUGAAGGGCGAUUAUUACAGGUAUUUGGCCGAGGUUGCCACAGGAGAUGCACGCAAUACUGUUGUUGAUGACUCGCAAACCGCUUACCAGGAUGCAUUUGACAUUAGCAAGGGUAAAAUGCAGCCAACACAUCCAAUCCGUUUGGGUCUGGCCCUUAACUUCUCAGUCUUCUAUUAUGAGAUCUUAAACUCUCCAGACAAAGCUUGCCAGCUGGCUAAACAGGCGUUCGAUAUUGCAAAAACCAAAAUGCAGCCAACACAUCCAAUCAGAUUAGGGCUCGCACUCAACUUUUCCGUCUUCUAUUACGAAAUUAUCAAUUCACCAGCGAGGGCUUGUCAUUUAGCUAAACAGGCAUUCGAUGAUGCGAUAGCCGAGUUGGACACACUCAACGAGGACUCAUACAAAGACUCGACACUCAUCAUGCAACUGUUGAGGGAUAACCUGACUCUCUGGACCAGCGACACCCAAGGCGAUGGCGAUGAGCCACAGGAGGGCGGCGACAACUAACCAAACAACUAAGAAAAUGUUUCCUUUUUGACUAUGCAAAUAUUAUUCAGUAAUACAACAAAACAAAACAAAAACCAGAAACAGCAAAGAGAAACAAAUAUAAAUGCAAAACGCAAAGCAAAAAAACACAAACAACAAAUUGAAAUGAAACGAUAAUACCAGGCAGACAGCAAAAGGAGACAGGCAGGAAGAGGAAUCAUAUGCAACAUUUAAUACAAAUUACAUGCAGAAUGCUUUUCAUUUGAGGCCGAUUGUGGGCUGGGCAGGAUAGAGUGAGCUCUACAGAAAUGUAAGGUUUUAAGGUUUUAAUUGCCUAUAUAUGUAUACCUAUACAUAUCUGUAUGUAUGUGCAUGUAGGAGGCCCACUAAUCCGAAUCAAAUGUAUCCACAGCAACUGCUUGAGCAUACAAUUUCACACAUAGAAGGCAGCAUCAAUAGAAAAACGCAUGCUCGGUUUUGUGCUAUAGUGCCCUGCUCGUGUGGAUUUCCUCAUUCAAAAAACAACACCCAAUAAAUAAUAUUCCUAAUUGUAUACAUAAAAAAAAAUUAAAGCGAUUAUUUUCUGUUUUUAUACAUUUUUGCAAGAAGCUAAAUUAAUUAUUUAAUUUUUGUCAGGCAGCAGAACACGCAGAAACUAGAAUCAACAACCAAGCGAACCAAAUGAGAAAAACAAAAGUAAAACAGAAACUUAUGUAUUAUUUGUAAUUCUUUUUCUAAACAAAUAAAACCAAAAAAACCUAA